AUGAAGAACCNACCAGUCGAGGCUACUGGUUCUGGUUCCACUCCAGAUGUGUCUAUUCCUGUCAAAUUCCAAGAACCUGAAAUCAUUCCUGUAUACCCCGAUCGCGAAGUUAAUUGUACAUUGCCCUUAAAAUAUCAACAAGAAAUUGUCGAGGAUAUGUUAACAAAAGAUGGAUUGUUAAUCCUAGGAUAUGGGUUAGGCUGGGACUUGAUAACAGCCAAUCUACUACAUGCCUUAAGCUCUCCAUUUAUCACAUUGGGUAACCAACUGCAGAAACGAAGGGGAUUAAUAUUUGUACUUAAUAUGCGAGAAGAUGAGAUGAUUCGAUUGCGAGAAGAAUUGAUUGGAUUAAGUUGGCUUGAAGAUGAACAGGAUGAUUCAUUUACUGUAAUAACAGGUGACUCCUCAUCCACAAAGAGACGUGAGAUUUAUUCGGAUGGUGGUAUAAUUUCAAUUACAUCGCGAGUCUUGGUUGUGGAUUUAUUGUCAGGGAUGAUUGCUCCUAAUGAUAUCACUGGAUUAUUUAUCCUACACGCAGAAAGAAUAAGAGAAACGUCUAAUGAUUCCUUCAUUAUCAAUAUUUACAGAGAUCAAAACCAAUGGGGAUUUAUUAAAGCAUUUUCCGACCAACCUGAGUCAUUUACUGGGUUUACUCCUUUGGCAACCAAACUAAAAAUUCUAAGGCUAUCGAAUGUUUUCCUAUGGCCACGAUUCCACGUCACGAUAUCACAAUCAUUUAAUAUAAGAGGAAAGAAACUUCAAGAUGCAAGGAAGUUCGUCACAGAGAUAAACAUAAAACUUUCGUAUAAAAUGCAAAAAAUCCAAUCAGCAAUUCUUUCAUGUAUUCAAGCUUGUCUUGGAGAAUUGAAAAGACACAAUGGAGAAUUGGCUACUGAAUAUUGGGAUAUGGCAAAUGUGCAUGAUCCCGAUUUCGUGAGAAAUAUUAGAGGCUCAUUGGAAUCACAAUGGCAUAGAUUGACAUUUACGACAAAACAAUUAGUUGGGGAUUUGAGUACUUUACUUGAGUUGCUAAGGGAAUUACUUAUUCUUGACUCAAUUAGUUAUUAUCAAAUUGUCCAAGGUAUCGUCGAUGCAAAUAUAAAACAUCAAAGAUCUGGAGUUAAUUCGUCAAUGAGUCCUUGGCUUAAUUUGGAUGAAUCAAACACGAUUAUAAGCUUUGCUAAAGAAAGGGCAUUAGGGAAAUAUAAUGAUGAAUAUAUUUUGGAAGAGCUACCCAAAUGGAACGAAUUGGGGUUGUUAAUCGAUGAUAUUUUGUAUGAAAAGAGUGUAUCCAACUUAAGAGAUCAAGGACCGAUAUUGAUAAUGUGCACUUCAAAGAAGAUUGCGAGACAAUUGAGUACACUAUUGGAAACAAUGAAACAAGAAAAAGCUUCAGGUAAGAGAGUCUUUACAUGUCGUAAGUACAUGAUAAGGAAAUUGCAUGACUACCUAGCCUGGAAAGAGUUUAAUUCUUUGGCAAGUAAAAUUAAUUCAGAAAUAAAUGCCGAAGAACAAGCAAAAACGGGUACAACCGAAGAAGAAGAAGAUCCUGAAAAGCUUUCAACUUCUAAAACAUUUAGUAGGAGCGGUCAGCCAAUUAGUAAAAGAAGAAGAACAAGAGGUGCCAGUGCCACAGCAAGAGUGUCAAGAAUGUAUUCGACUGCCACCGAAUCCGAAUCCGCAGAUAUCGAUGAAAAUAUCUUAAAGGAUUUAGAAGAGCAAGAAGACGUUAACGAAGAGCACGAUGAGGAUGACGAUGAUGAUGACGAAGAAGUUGAAGUGGUAAAAAAUCCAAUUGAUAAUGACAUUGAGGAAAUACAAUUCUCAGUUGACCAUCUUGAAAUCACCCAUGUUGAUAGAGAGGAUGAAAUAUUUAUACAUGCAUACAAUGACAGCAAUGGAACCUCGGUAUUACAAGAAAUCUCUCCAUCUCAUAUCAUAAUGUAUGAACCGGACUUGUCUUUCUAUAGAAGAGUAGAAAUAUUCCAAGCCAUUAAUCAUGAGAAUCCAGCUAAGAUAUAUCUGAUGUAUUAUGGAGAUUCAAUAGAAGAACAAAAGCAUUUGGAAAGGAUCAGAAAGGAAAAAGAAGCAUUUUCGAAAUUGAUUAAAGAGAAAGCAAGUUUGAGUAAACAUUUUGAGACUUCUGAUGAUAAUUAUAAAUUUCAAAUUCAACGAAAUCAAGUAGUGAAUACCAGAAUUGCCGGUGGUAGAUUUCGAACAGAGACCGAUGAGAUGCGAGUUGUGGUUGAUGUAAGAGAGUUUAGAUCUUCGCUUCCAAAUUUACUAUACAGAGUGGGUAUAAAAGUGGUACCUUGUAUGAUAACGGUUGGUGACUAUAUCGUUUCACCUAAGAUAUGUGUCGAAAGGAAAUCUAUUCCAGAUUUAAUAUCGAGUUUCAAAAGUGGAAGAUUAUAUACUCAAUGUGAGCAAAUGUUUAAGCAUUAUGAAUUGCCAACUUUAUUAAUCGAGUUUGAUGAAAAUAAAUCUUUUUCAUUGGAACCAUUUUCAGAAACCAGAUUCCAAAGAGUUACAACACGAAACCCCACAGCAAAUAAUAAAAUCCAACAAAACAUUCAAGCCAAGCUACUACUGUUAUUAAUUGCAUUUCCAAAAUUAAAGAUCAUUUGGUCUUCGUCACCUUACGAAACAGCACAAAUCUUCUUGGAAUUAAAAGCCAAUCAAGAAGAACCGGACGUUGGAUUGGCUUUGGAUAAGGGAGUCAACAAAUCGGUUAUAACAGAAGACGGAGGACCACCAGUGUUUAAUGACGAUCCGAUUGAUUUCAUUCAAAAUAUCCCAGGAAUCAAUGCACAGAAUUAUUAUAUGAUUAUUCAAAAAGUUAAAAACAUUGAACAAUUAGUACAAUUAUCAAAACCCCAAUUUGAGAAACUUUUGGGAAAAGAAAAUGGAAGAAAGGCGUACAAUUUUAUUAACCAGAAGAUCGCAUAA